UAUUCUGAUUCAUUGUCUUUGUCUCUUUAUUUUUGAUUGUUUGAAAAUCGUUUUUUUUUGUUCCCUUUAAUUGUUAAUUGUUUUCGUUUAUAUUUAAUCGAAAAUGGUCUUGGAAUUGUAUCAAUUACCUUUCUCUGCCCCCUGUCGAUCCGUCUUAAUGGUUGGCAAGAUCCUUGGAUUAGACAUUGACGCUAAACCACUUGAUUUAAUGCAAGGGGAACACUUGAAACCCGAAUUUUUAAAGAUUAACCCUUUCCAUUGUAUCCCUACCUUGGUUGAUGAUGGUUUCACCUUGUGGGAAAGUCGAGCUAUUAUGACCUAUUUGGUUGGUAAAUUUUCACCAGAAAACGAUCUCUAUCCCAAAGACAUUCAAGCUCGAGCGACAGUUGACAGGUGGUUGUACUGGGACAAUGGGUCACUUUACGCAUCCCUUGGAGCUUAUUAUGGACCAAUUUUCCGAAAAGGAGCUAAACCCGAUCCUUCAGUAGCCCAAACUUUCAUCGACAAGGCCAAACUUCUCGAUGCGGCUCUCGCAUCGUCUAAAUAUCUUUGCGGAGAUAAGAUCACUUUGGCUGAUCUUUCAAUCAUGGUAACAAUUACCACAGCUCAAGGAGCCGAAUUGGAUCUCAGUGGAUUAACUAAUGUUAAUCGUUGGUUAAAACAACUAGAAAAUGACUUCCCUGGUUGGUGGAAAGAACUGGUCACCGAUCCAGUUGAAGGUUUCCGCGGUUUCAUUAAAUCAAAACUUGCUCAGUAAACACUCCAGUAAUUCAAUGAUGCUUGCAAAUCAACUACUUUACUCCAUUUUCCACUGAUUAACUAUUUUGGGUUCUAAUUCACAGCAAUUAACUAAAACACACUUAAAAAACAUAUAAUAUUUUCACCUUCAAUUUGAUCUACUCACCUUCUUUGUUUACAAUAUACAACCAAAGACUUGAGUUUACAACCACUUGCUAAAUCAUUCACAAAGUUGAAUAUAAUCAAUGAGAGUUAGCCCAGAGAUAUAAUAAGAAUUGACCUCUCGAUGUAGUCUCUUGCAAUGGUCAACUGAUUAGAUAUCAAAAGUUAUCUUACUUGAUUAUCGUGAAUGAUUUAACAAGUGGUUGCCAACUCAAAGUCUUUGGCUGUAUAUUUGGUUAUGGUAUUUUCUGCAAAUUAAUAAAACGAAAUAAGCAAAACAAUUAA